CAAAGAACGGCGCAUGCGCGUCAAAUGAUGAGAAUGCAAGUGUGAGUUGGUGGUUUGGUGUGAGAAACGAAUAGUUAGUCAAAAGUGAAUAAUUUAAUAAAUAAUUCGUGAAAGACUCAACAUUCACAACAUGGGCGUCCCGGGAAAAGUAGUGGAAGCCAUGGAAGUUGAAGGAACCGGGGAUGCUCUAAGUGGCGAGGGAGACACAGGCGAGAAGAAGGACAGCGAUCUUCUCAUCAUCCAGGACCUCCGAGAGCACAUCCGCCAAAUCGAGCGGGCAGUCCAGAACAAAGAGCCCCGUUUCAUCCUCCGUGCUUUGCGGGCUCUGCCAACCACUCGUCACAAGCUCAACCCAGUUGUUCUUCGCGGGAUUGUCGGGGGCUUCUUCACACGAUCCGCUGUCGAACGUGAGGCUCUCCUCGCUUGGAUCGAGGAACCCAUGGACACUGAGGGCACGCAGGCAGCCAUCCAGAGGUUCCGCAGCUCCGCUUUGCCUCUUCUUCCCGAAAUCGACGCCUACAUCCACCUUCUCAUCCUAGUAAAACUCAUCGACACCCGAAAGUAUAACGAGGCCGUCCAAUGUUCAGAAACUCUCGUACAAAAGAUCGUCGCUCAGAACCGCCGCACUAUGGAUUUGAUAGCUGCCAAGUGCUACUUUUACCAUUCAAGAGCCUACGAGCUCACCAAUCAGCUCGAGAAGAUCAGAAGCUUCCUUCAUCUGCGACUCCGGACGGCAACUCUGCGAAACGAUUUCGAGGGCCAGGCGGUGCUGAUCAAUUGCUUGCUGAGGAACUACCUUUUCUAUAAUCUCUACGACCAGGCAGACAAACUCGUGCUCAAGUCCACGUUUCCUGAGACCGCGAGCAACAACGAGUGGGCUCGUUUUCUUUAUUAUCUAGGUCGCAUCAAGUCCGCUAGGUUGGAAUAUUCCGCAGCGCACAAGUAUCUUGUCCAGGCGAUGCGCAAAGCUCCGCAGAAUACAGCUGUUGGUUUCCGACAGACCGUGCAAAAGCUCGCCGUGACUGUAGAGCUUUUAUUGGGAGAUAUUCCCGAAAGACAAAUAUUCCGCCAGGCGGCGCUGCGUCGUGCUCUGGCGCCUUACUUCCAGCUAACGCAAGCGGUGCGUCUUGGGAAUUUGCAACGUUUCGGAGAGGUGUUGGAGAAUUUUGGACCACAAUUCCGUGCUGAUCACACCUUUACGCUCAUCCUGAGGUUGAGACACAAUGUGAUUAAGACAGCAAUCCGGUCUAUUGGACUCUCGUACUCGAGGAUCUCGCCUGCGGAUAUCGCAAAGAAGCUGGGAUUGGAUUCAGGCGUGGACGCUGAGUUCAUUGUUGCAAAGGCUAUUCGUGAUGGAGUUAUUGAGGCGACUCUGGAUCCGGAAAAUGGGUACAUGCGCAGCAAGGAGACUACUGAUAUCUACUGCACAAGGGAGCCUCUUCUUGCGUUCCAUCAGAGAAUUACUUUCUGUCUGGAUCUGCAUAAUCAGAGCGUCAAGGCGAUGAGGUAUCCACCGAAGUCGUAUGGAAAAGAUCUUGAGUCGGCAGAAGAACGGAGAGAAAGAGAGCAGCAGGACCUGGAGUUAGCUAAGGAAAUGGCGGAGGAGGAUGAUGAUGGUUUCCCAUAAAAAAAUUACUGAUUUUAUUAGCGAUUUUCCGAUGAUUGUACUAUUUGCAUUUCUGUAACACUUUCGCAAUAAUAAAUAUAUGAUUUAACUUUUUUCAA